AUCUCAACUGUACUAAAGAGCUACCCACCACCCUCAACAACUUAGAUCAUCUGAAAGAUUUGACAUAGUUAUUCUUGCGAUAUUCUUGUUUACCAAGCCUAGUGUACAAUUCCUAAACACCUUCAGUUAUUUUAUUGAGCUGCAUCCCUCACAGGGAAUUGUAGACAAGAUGCCCUCCAAAAAGCGCAAGUCAGAAGAAGACCCCACGACCAGCACCGCUAUGAGCAGCGACAACACGGGCAAGAAGCGAAGACGCCUAAGCGAUGCGGACUCCGUCGCAGACAAGAAGUCCAAGAAGAGUAAAAAGGAAAAGAAGAGCAAGAAGUCCUCAUCCAAGAAAGACAAGGAGCGCAAGCACGUUCCCUCUGCCGAAGACGAAGAUGAUGCCACCGCAGACGACGCGGCUCUUGAAGCCCAUGACUCGCCCGAGGACACUCCCAUGGACGAAGCUCCUCUCCCCGCCGUAGAGCCCAAGAGCGACGACGAGAGCAAAGAGGAGACCAAGGAAAGUUCCAAGAAGAGCAGCAAGAAGGACAAAAAAGACAAGAAAUCCAAGUCCAAGAGCAAAAGCAAAAGCAAAGACAAGUCCGAGUCCAAAGCCAACGCCCCCCAAGAACCCACAGACGCCGAGCCUGUAGACAGCACCACCACCGCCGCCGCCGCCGCAGCUACCACCACCACCACCAACGACGAAGAAGAAGCCACCCCCGAAGAACCUCCCCAAGGCAAAAAAGUCCGCUUCAUAGUCUUCGUCGGCAACCUUCCCUUCUCCGCGACCCCGGAGCAAAUAACAACGCACUUCUCCGCCGUGCACCCGACCUCGGUGCGCCUCCUCCACGACCCCCGCACCGGCAAAUCCCGCGGCAUCGCCUUCGUCGAGUUCGCGCGCUACGACCACAUGAAAUCCUGCCUGAAAACGAUGCACCACACCACCUUUACCUGCCCCUCGGGCAAGCCCGGCAGGACCGAGGAGCGCCGCAUCAACGUCGAGCUGACGGCUGGCGGCGGCGGGAAUACUUCCCAUCGCAAGGAGAAGAUCCGCGCUAAGAAUGAGAAGCUGAAUGAGGAGCGCGCGCGGAGGGCGCAGGAGGAAGCCAAGGCUAAGGCCGAGAAGGAGAAGGGGAAGGGGCAGAAUGGGGGCGAGAAGGCUGGUGGCGGCGGCGUCGAGGAUGCUAUCCACCCGAGCCGACGUGGGAGGGUCCCUGGAGCUGGGUCGUGAUACCCUAGACAGUAGCUUUUCUGUCAAUGUAUUCAUUUCAUCUUAAUCACAUGCUCUGCAAAGCAACUUAGGCGUUCACGUAUAGGAAACGAAAAAAUGACAUCAAGUUUGGGGAGACACGCCGUGAAAUUUAGAUUCUUCUCGCAAAUAUGCUAUCUACAGAAUUG